AUAUAUUCUCAUACUAUUAUUCCUUUUUUUAUUCUUCUCUGCCCAAAGCGGCCCAACCCACCCACCCAGCAAGCAUUCUGCUUUCUUACGAGUACCAUAAAGCAGGACCAAGAUUGCGUGGCCUCGUUCUUCUUCAGUGGCAUACCUAAGAUUUUCUCCGUUUCUCUCUCUCUCUCUCUCUCUCUCUCUUGCUUUUUAGGUCUUUUUGCCUUCUAUAACAAAAAAACAGGGUCUCUAUGUCAGAAGAGAGCGGUGCCUCUGUGAGUUGUGCGGAUUUGCCUGUUAAGAGGCCUAGAGAAGGUGAAGAGAACGGGGUUUCUGCUGCUGCUGCUGCCAUGGAAACGGAAGAUGAUAACAACAACACUUCCAAUAACGUUAAGGAAGGUGAUGGGAUAUCCUCCGUUAUUCCUGGAUGGUUCUCUGAGAUUAGCCCAAUGUGGCCUGGAGAGGCACAUUCCUUAAAAGUUGAAGAGAUCUUAUUUCAAGGGAAGUCUGAUUACCAGAAUGUCAUGGUCUUUCAGUCAUCAACGUAUGGGAAGGUUCUUGUUUUGGAUGGCGUGAUUCAGCUCACAGAGAGAGAUGAAUGUGCAUAUCAAGAAAUGAUUACUCACCUUCCUCUUUGCUCCAUUCCAAGUCCAAAGAAGGUUUUGGUUAUUGGUGGUGGAGAUGGUGGAGUUCUACGGGAAGUUGCUCGUCAUUCUUCUGUUGAACAGAUUGACAUCUGUGAAAUUGAUAAGAUGGUAGUUGAUGUUUCUAAACAAUUUUUCCCUGACGUAGCUGUUGGUUAUGAGGAUCCCCGUGUGACCCUUCAUAUUGGUGAUGGAGUUGCAUUUUUGAAGGCCGUUCCAGAAGGUACUUAUGAUGCAAUUAUAGUGGAUUCUUCCGACCCAAUAGGUCCUGCACAAGAGCUCUUUGAGAAGCCCUUUUUCGAGUCAGUGGCAAAGGCUCUUCGUCCAGGUGGAGUGGUCUGUACUCAGGCAGAAAGUAUCUGGCUACAUAUGCACAUAAUUGAGGAUAUUGUAGCAAACUGCCGCCAAAUCUUCAAAGGCUCUGUUAACUAUGCAUGGACUACAGUUCCUACAUACCCAAGUGGUGUGAUUGGUUUCAUGCUUUGCUCAACUGAGGGGCCUCCUGUUGACUUCAAGCAUCCUGUGAAUCCUAUAGACACAGAUGAUAGCUGCUGCAAAUCAAAACGACCCCUUAGGUUUUACAACUCUGAGAUUCAUUCAGCUGCUUUCUGUUUACCAUCCUUUGCAAAGAAGGUGAUUGAUUCAAAACCUUAGGGAUGGAAAUUUUGAAGAUCUUUUUACAAAAUUCUAGUUAUUGUGGUGCAUUAAUUUUCACCCUUGCUUGAUGAUCCAAUGUAGUCGUGAACCUUGGAUUUAGAAGUUCAAUCAAUGCUCUUUUAUGUCACUUAGGAAGAGAAUUUUUAGUAUGAUUGUUGAAGGAUGCUAGUCUACUUGAAUUGUACGAAUCAACGAAGUCCAGGGAUUAUGGGUCAUUUUAAGUUGAUAUAAAUGGCUCUUUCUGGGAAUAAUGCAUCAGAUUUACAUCUUUGUGUUCCUGGUAUCUUUCUGUUAUCUGCUGCUCGAAUUCUUGGAUGGUUGGCUGAAGAAUGAUGAUGACCUUUGAACUAGGCAGGCUGAGUGUAGUACAGAAGAACGUUCUUAUUCGUAUAUACAGCUUUGAUUGGUUU